GAGGGAGUACGCCUUGUUGGGCUCACGAGGGCGACCCUUCGUCAGCAGCUACCUAUUCCCCAGCAAAUUCUGCCCUGGGUUGCCCCUUGAGGCUCUUGUCACCUUUUUAAUGGAUGUCCUUCUUCUAAUGAUGGAGAGCCAGUCCGCAAUAUCGCACGUGGGCGUAACUGAUAUGCGCCUUGGAGAGGACCUCAUCCACGUGGUCAUGGCGACACUGCUGGCCCUGGCUCCCGUCGUCGUCAUCCUGAAACAUUACAGGUAUCCCGUGAUCGAUGGUAUGGAGUACUUCGUGUCGGGAUCGGCAUACCUGAUCAUGGCCUACACAGCGUACAAUCACGUCCUUCAUCCUACCACUCUAGGCAAACAGGUACACACGCAGGUGAACAUCGUAUGGGUACUCAUAGCGGUCACAAUGUUCAUCGAGUCCCAGAACUUGGACAAGCCGCUGUUCCCAAUUAUCCGCGCCUUCUGGUAUUGUUAUGCAGGCGGGCUAUUUGUACAGGUGGACUUUAUCUUGUUCGAUAUGAACGGCGGAAGCUGGCCUACAGAGAACGGUUUCUACCUCCUCCUCGAGCUUAUGACACUUACGUGGCACUUUGUUGGGGAACUUUUGGUCGUGGGCGUGGUGAGCUUCGUGGCGCUGGUGCUGGUCAAGAGGAUGAAGCCAGCCCAAGUCAAGGCGCAGCUCGACAUCAGCCUGGGCUGCAGCUCCGGUGGUCAAUUUACUGACGAAAAAUCAGGCGAAGUCCGGUACUGCCUGUUGAAAAAUUGCGAUGAUGUUUGAAUGCUGUUGUUUCUUCAUCUAACCUGUAUGUCUAAAUAUAUAACCCGCCAAAUUUCCGGCAAUGAAAUAACGUUUAUUGAAAGUUGUUAAUACGAAAUCAACGCCUUAUCAGCGUUGUUUUACUGAAUGUAAUUUGCCUUUACGGAAGAUUUUCAUGCAUAAUAUAUAAUAUAUCUAUGGGUGUGUGUUAUACAUGGUAGCUAUGCAUAUAUAUUAUGUAUGCAUAAUAUAGGUGCAGGUAUGUGCUACAAGUGCAAUAAUUAAUGACCCGAGAGUUCGAUCAUUUAUCUAAAUUUUCGGUGUCGAACAAUAUUCUUCAGAAGACUUUGGUUGAUCAUAAUGCAGGUUUAAGGAAGAAAUUUUAAGUUAUUAAUGAACUUUUGAAUACAACAACAUUCAUUUCAUGUUCUAGGAAUAAUUGAAUACCGAAAUUGGAAUUUGUACAUAAUAUACGCAAAUAGGUUACAACACAAAAAUUUGG